AAUGUCGCAGAUAUAUCUAUAAUCUUAAACAGUGUACAAUAACUUUUAAAAGACAUCUCAAAGUUUUUCUAAAACGGUUACAUAUAAACCAAUAAAUACAUCAUUUUAAAGUAUUUUUCACACAUUUUGUAACACAUUUUGUCAAAAAUGAAAAUUUAUGUUUUAUUGUUAAUAGUGUGUACCUCAAAAUUGGUGGAACCACUCAACAACAGAAGAUUUCCUGCCCAUUUUAUGAUUGGAGCAGCAACAGCAUCAUAUCAGGUGGAAGGUGCAUGGAAUAAGGACGGAAAAGGAGAAAACAUCUGGGAUCGACUAACACAUUCCCCCAACUCUCCAGUGCUAGGAAACCAAAACGGAAACAUAGCUUGCGACUCUUACCACAAAUAUAAAGAAGAUGUAGCGAUGUUGAAACAUCUAGGAGUCAACCACUACAGAUUCUCCAUAUCAUGGUCCAGGAUCUUACCCACAGGAUUCACGAAUCGAAUAAACCAAGCAGGAAUAACGUACUACAAGAAUCUGAUAAAAGAAUUGAAGGAUAAUGGAAUUGAACCGUUCGUGACCAUCUUCCAUUGGGAUACACCACAACCUUUGGAGGAUAUAGGUGGUUGGACCAACGAACUAAUCGUCGACAAAUUCAGAGACUACGCUAAAGUACUCUUCGACAACUUCGGAAACGACGUCAAGUACUGGGUGACUUUCAACGAGCCUAAACAAACCUGCCAAGAAGGAUACGGUUCUGGACAGAAAGCUCCUGCCAUAAAGUCGCACGGAAUUGGAGAAUACCUUUGUGCUCACAACGUUAUUAAGUCUCAUGCUAAAGUAUGGCAUCUCUAUGAUAGGUACUACCGAAAGGAACAACGAGGAAUGGUGGGAAUAGUACUUGAUACUAUGUGGAUGGAACCUGAUACUGAAAGUGAACUGGACAAAGUUGCCGCUGAAAGAAAAUUGCAAUUUAUAUUCGGAUGGUAUGCUAAUCCCAUCAUCAACGGCGACUAUCCAGCACAAAUGAAGCAAUUCAUCGCGAAAAGAAGUAUCGCGCAAGGUUUCAAACAGUCUCGUCUACCGCAAUUCACACCAGAAGAAGUUAAGUACAUCAAAGGAUCUAUUGACUUCUUAGGAGUAAACCAAUAUACAUCGAUGUUAGUACGAAACAUGGAUGAUAAGUAUAAAACCGAAGUAGCGUGGGAAGCUGACUCAGAAACGUAUCUUUACCAACCAGACAACUGGGAAUCGACUGCUACGGACUGGUUGAAAGUUACUCCAUGGGCGUUAAGGAAGCUUCUUAACUGGAUCAAACAGACCUACGGGAACAUUCCACAGAUUAUCACUGAAAAUGGAUACUCAGAUAAUGGGACAACCUUGGAAGAUGACGGAAGGAUAAAUUACUAUAAGCAACAUUUGAGUAACAUCAGAGAUGCAAUUGAUGACGGCGUCAAUGUUAUCGGAUACACCACCUGGAGUUUGAUGGACAAUUUUGAAUGGUUCAGAGGAUAUUCAGAAAAAUUCGGCUUAUACCAUGUAGACUUCACAUCCCCACAACGAACCAGAACCCCUAAAAAAUCCGUCAGUUAUUUCAAACAUGUAGCAGAAACAAAGUGUAUAGUUGAUGUAAAGGAUUGUGUCAUCGAUGUAGACGAAAUCGUUAGAUAUAUCUAUACAAAUGUGGAUAAAAAUGUGUUAGCGUAGAUAAACCAAAGAACCCAAGAGUUAUUUAUUUCUUCAUUCUCAUUCUUGUGAUAUACGUACAAUGUUAUUUAUUUAUUUAUUUAUUUUUGUAUACUAGGCCAUUAUUUAUAAUACAUUGUAGAAUAUU